GGCGCAGCGCGGGGUCCGGCUGCAGGACUGGGGUCCCCCGACCUGGUCCUGCGCGGAGCCGCGUGCCUGCUGCCGCCUCCCGACGCGGGGCUCGCCGAGCGGACGGAGACGGGAGCCCGCGGAGAACCUUCCUUCCCUUGCCCUCAGCACGCCCUCUGCCGCCACCGAGCCAUGCACCGGGUCCCCCAGGGCGCCGUGCCGCUGGGGCUGGCGCUGCUGGUCUGCGGGGCCCACGGCUUCUUCCUGGCCAACGUGACGCAGCUGGAGCGGCUGCUGGGCAGGUACCAGGGGCCUGAGCCGCACGCCCGCGCGCGCCGCGCCAUCCCCCACGCGGACCGCGAGGAGAUUCUCCUGCUGCACAACAAACUGCGCGGCCAGGUGUACCCCCCCGCCUCCAACAUGGAGUACAUGACCUGGGACGAAGAGCUGGAGCGGUCGGCGGCCGCCUGGGCCAGCGAGUGCCUGUGGGAGCAUGGACCCACCCACCUGCUCGUGUCCAUCGGGCAGAACCUGGCCGUGCACUGGGGCAGGUACCGCUCUCCCGGCUUCCACGUGCAGUCCUGGUACGACGAGGUCAAGGACUACACCUACCCCGCCCCGCACGAGUGCAACCCCUGGUGCCCGGAGCGCUGCUCGGGGGCCAUGUGCACCCACUACACACAGAUUGUCUGGGCCACCACUACCAAGAUCGGCUGUGCCGUGCACACCUGCCCGCGGAUGGACGUGUGGGGAGACGUUUGGGAGAAUGCCGUGUACCUGGUCUGCAACUACUCCCCCAAGGGGAACUGGAUCGGAGAAGCCCCCUACAAGAGCGGCCCGCCCUGCUCCGAGUGCCCCCCCAGCUACGGAGGCGGCUGUAGGAACAACCUGUGCUACCGAGAAGGGGCUCACCCCGCAAAGCCAGAGCCGGAGGAGGCGAACGAGGUGGAGACGACGCCCCUGGGGACGCAGGACUGGGCCCCGCCCCGCGCUGCCCGGCCCCGGAAGCCAGAGAAAGCCUCGGCCGUGAGCUACAUGGCCCAGACAGUCAGCUGUGACACCAAGCUCAAGGACAAGUGCAAAGGGUCCACGUGCAACAGGUACCGCUGCCCCGCGGGCUGCGCGCGCAGCAAGGCCAAGCUCUUCGGGACCCUGUUCUACGAGAGCUCCUCCAGCAUCUGCCGCGCGGCCAUCCACUACGGCGUCCUGGACGACGCGGGCGGGCUGGUGGACGUCACCCGGAGCGGGAGGGUCCCCUUCUUCGUGAAGUCGGCCCGGAACGGCGUGCAGUCCCUGAGCAAAUACAAGGCCUCCAGCGCGUUCACGGUGUCCAAGGUGAAAGUGCAGGACGUGGACUGCUACGUGACCGUGUCCCAGCUCUGCCCCUUUGAGAAGCCGGGCACCCACUGCCCGCGGGUCCGCUGCCCGGCAGACUGCGGGGACCAUCCGGCCCCCUGGGCUCCCGUGGUCGGAACCAACAUCUACGCGGACACCUCGAGCAUCUGCAGGACGGCCGUGCACGCGGGGGUCCUGCGCGCGGGCAGCGGCGGGCUCGUGGACCUCAUGCCCGUGGACAGGAAGAAGGCCUACGUGGGCUCGCUCAGGAACGGGGUGCAGUCGGAGAGCCUGCGGACCCCCCGGGACGGAAAGGCCUUCAGGAUCUUCGCGGUCAGGCCGUGAGCCCGGCGCGGGAGAAGGGCCCGCCGAGGGCUUCGGGCUGCGCCUGGGACCGGCCCCCUCAGACUCGUGACUCGCCCCUCGUGCUGCCUGUUGUCCGGCCCACUCUGCAGCCCCCGGGAGGGCCCGGAUCCUCGACGUGAUGGGCCAGGAGCCCCACCGAGGGGAUGGGCUCAGGCACACGGGGUUUUCUGGCCCGGCCUCGAAGGGCGUUAUUUAAGCCACAUGGUACGAUUCGAACCCAGGGAAGCCCGUGCUUCAUGUUUGCUGGUCAGACAAUGGGCCGGGUGUGCGGGUCUGCGCCUGCGCUCGUGCCCCCCACACCAAGAAGGUUCACUUGGGGGUCCACGGCAGCUCCAGGCCCGCGCCCGUGGCCUUGCGGAGACCCACGCCUCCUCGCUCCCUCUCGGCCGUCCUGUGCCCGUCAGCCCGUCCCUGGAGCCCGCCUGGCAGGGCGGUGCCCGGGCGCUGGGCAAAUGCUGCCGGGCCGGCCCUUCUCGGGGGAGGACGGCUGUCUGGAACAUUCCUCGCCGAGGUUAGCGGCUCUGGGGAGGGCGAGCCUGUGGCCCACGGCCCUUCCUGCCGCUCACGCCGACGAACCGACUUCCUGCCUGUGCCACUUGGCCCCUGCCAAGUGUUCCCGAGGCUCCGAGGGUGCUCUCGGGCCUCCGCGAGCCCAGACCCCAAACCCACACGAAAUUAAACAGUCACCCCCCCUUUUUGUAAAUAGCUUUUCUUUGCAGAAGGUAAAAUUCCAUCCUCCACGGCCAUCGGGCUGCCCAUACAUCACGUUGGCAAAUGCCAGCUUCCCAUUGGACCUCAGGACACGCCGUCAGAAUAUUGCAAGGCCA